AUGGGGUCUGCAACAAGCAGUAGCAAUAAAACUAAAAAGGAAAGACCCAGAUAUAAGAACAAUAUUGUCAAGUCGUCUGCCCAGCUUCAGUUCACAAAUUUAAGCCAAGAAACACCAUUGAUUAAGAUAUCAAAUAAUUCCAUAUAUAGCAUGGAUCCAAAAAGUACUAACGUUGGAAGCAGCAGCCACAACGCACCUAACAAUCACAUCGUAGAUGCUUCAGAUGUAAUUGAUGGUAGGAUAUACGAAACCAGGUGGCAGGAAUAUGUAGGAUCAGAACUAAUAUUUGAUGAUUACGGAGAAUUAGUAGGUAAAGUCAAAGAGCAUUUGACAUGCAAGGAGAAUGUAAAAUUCGUCCCUACAAAAUCACAAGAUAAGGAUAAAGAAAACGCUGGUGGCGACCAUGGUAGAGCAAAUGGCGAAAGUCUGUUUUUGAAAAAGGCAAUCAAAUUGGCCACAGAUUUGGAAAAAAUUCGAUGA